GGCCCCUGUUCCCCGAGGGUGUAUAUAUACCCCCACACACACUAGCCUGGCAGACCGCUCAGUGGAACUCCCGAGACACACAAAGCUCACCAUUUUAGGGCAGUGCUGAAAUAAAGGAAAGAUGGCUCAGACCAACCCCAUGAACCCCAUGAACCCCAUGCCCAUGGGACCAUGGAAGAUCACCGUGUACGACCAGGAGUGGUUCCAGGGAAAGCGUGUGGAGUUCACCGCCUGCUGCCAGAACAUCAUGGAGUGUGGCAUGGAGAACAUCCGCUCCCUGAAGGUCGAGUGUGGAGCCUGGGUUGGCUAUGAGCACUCCAGUUUCUGCGGACAGCAGUUCAUCCUGGAGAAGGGUGACUACCCCUGUUUCGAGGCCUACAUGGGCAGCAACUCUUAUCGCAUCGAGAGGAUGAUCUCCUUCAGGCCCAUCUGCUCUGCUAGCCACAAGGAGUCCCGUAUGACCAUCUACGAGCAGGAGAACAUGAUGGGUCGUCAGUUUGAGCUGUGUGAUGACUACCCCUCCCUGCAGGCCAUGGGAUGGAUGCACAACGAGGUCGGAUCCAUGCAUAUCCAGAGCGGAGCUUGGGUGUGCUACCAGUUCCCCGGUUUCCGUGGCUACCAGUACAUCAUGGAGUGUGAUUGCCACAGUGGCGAGUACAAGUGCUACCGUGAGUUUGGAUCUCACUCCCAGACUCCCCAGAUCCAGUCCAUCAGGAGGAUUCAGCACUAAGCAGGAAACACCUUCUCCUCUCCUCCUAUCCCUCUUCCUUAUUCUCCUCCACCUCUAUCCCUCUUCCUCCUCCCCUCUCCCCUGCCCUUCCCUGCUCCGCUGAUCCGGCUAGUCCAAGCAGGAUCUUAGGCCGGGCUUCAGGUGCUUAUCGGCGUCACA